GCCUCCUAAUCAUUUAUUAGUACAUCUACAUAGUACACUACCUAGUACCUACUAAUCAUUCAAUGUUACAAUCAUUACACAAAUAAACAAACUGUCUUUCUCUUCUGAACAACAUUUAUUAAGCUUCCAUUGAGUAUCCACAUUCCAAUAUUCUCAAGGAACACCCAACUACGAACAUCACCAAACACAUCUUGACUCAAACAAUGACACGCCAUACAUCCGAAUUUCUGCGUCAGCGCAGUUCCAACAUAUCUCUUCGAAGUACCGCCGCCGUGAACGCCGCCACUGCCACCGCACCCCGAUUGUCGAGCUUCGUCAACCCAUCCGAGUUCGAAACAAAGCCAACCAUGUCGAAAGCUGAACAAGCAUUUGUAGUUGGCGACUUAGCUAACUGCAAAUCCCUGGCUCUGUGCGACGCCUGCUACCGGGAAAUACCAGACCGUCGUACCGGCUCACUUGCCUUCCAGCUCACGGAUAACCGAAGCUCGUGCUCCUCUUGCAAAGUCAUGUCGUCAGACCCCGAGGCUUUCACCCAGCCGUUCUGCAAGUUUUUGCAGGAUAAUCCUACGGUGUUCCAUGCCGUCGGCUAUUUCAAAGACAAGAUGACGGCUCUUGGCUAUAAGGAGCUUCCGGCACGAGACGAUUGGUCUGGCAAGCUCGAAGCCGGCGGUAAAUACUUUGUGACCCGAAACGGCACCUCAGUUAUCGCGUUUACGGUUGGAAAGGCGUAUAAGCCUGGCAAUGGCGUUGCCAUGGUUGCAGGUCACAUUGAUGCCCUUACGGCGAGGCUUAAGCCCGUCAGCAAGAAGCCAACGAAGGCUGGCUACGUCCAAUUGGGCGUUGCGCCUUAUGCUGGUGGGUUGAACGAGACUUGGUGGGACAGAGAUCUUAGCAUAGGAGGCAGAGUAAUUGUACGGGACGGGUCCGGCAAGACCUCGAGCAAACUUGUCAAACUCGACUGGCCUAUUGCUCGUAUACCUACGCUCGCACCGCACUUUGGCGUGGGCAUGAUGGGCCAGAACAAUAAGGAAACGGAGGCAGUCCCGAUUAUUGGAUUGGACAACUCCGACAUUUCUUCUUCUACGAAUUCCAAGCCGGCGGAACCCCUAGGGCCUGCUGGAUCGUUUACUGCCACCCAGCCACCAAGACUCGUCCAGCUCAUCUCGAAAGAGUUAGGUAUCAAAGACUACUCACAGAUAGUAAACUGGGAAUUAGAACUGUUUGACCUGCAACCUGCGACCGUGGGCGGUUUGGACCGAGAGUUCAUCUUUGCUGGCCGAAUUGACGACAAGCUAUGCAGCUGGGCCGCGUUCCAAGGGCUGCUAGCUUCGGAAGCAAACGAGGACGAUGGUGGCAUCAAAUUGGUGGCGCUGUUUGACGACGAAGAGAUUGGCUCUCUACUCCGCCAGGGCGCAAGGGGUAACUUUUUGCCAUCUGUCAUCGAGAGAGCGGUGGAGUCGUUAUCCGGUGAUAGUAAGACAUUUGGACCCGGGCUGAUUGGCCAGACCUAUGCGCGAUCUUUCCUCGUGUCGGCCGAUGUCACACACGCCGUAAACCCCAACUUCCUUUCCCGCUACCUCGAAGACCACGCGCCCCGCCUCAAUGUGGGAAUCUGCAUCGCGGCGGACAGCAAUGGUCAUAUGACGACGGAUGCGGUCUCCACUGCGGUGGUUACCCGUGUUUGCGAGUUGAGUGGUUGCACGCCGCAGGUUUUCCAAAUCCGAAACGACUCCCGAAGCGGUGGUACCGUGGGACCUAUGCUGAGCAGUGCGAUGGGUGUCAAGGCUAUCGACGCGGGAAUGGCGCAACUAAGCAUGCAUUCGGUUCGUGCUACGUGCGGAUCGCUAGAUCCCGGGUUGGGCGUCAAGUUCUUCAAGGGUUUCCUGGACAGAUGGGAGAAGGUCGACGCCGAGUGGCAAUAAAGGCGGCCUCGCCUUGCCCAGAAAAGGAAGAGGGCUUCGACUGUUUUAGAAGUUGGUUGCCAUUACUACUACAUACGCAUGUCUCAAGCGGGUAUCACAACAUAUGGACAUCCCGCG